AUGGCAACUCUCACUCGGAUUGGCGAGGAAGACCAGCCUUCUAUCUUCACUUCACCUGAUCAGGCCAUCGCCGAUAUUGAUCCUUUGCUUUAUGGGGGCUUUGCAGAACAUAUGGGACGCUGCGUUUAUGGCGGAAUCUAUGAUCCCAGCAAUGAGAACGGACUCAUAGAUGAGAACGGUUUCCGUACCGAUGUAAUCGAUUGCAUGAAAGAGCUCCAAGUCCCGAUCAUGCGGUAUCCGGGAGGGAAUUUCACCGCUACCUACCAUUGGCUCGACGGUAUUGGCCCUAAAGCUCAACGGCCAAAGCGUUUGGAAGUCGCCUGGAAGGGAGUGGAGACAAAUCACUUUGGAACGGAUGAAUUUAUGAAGUGGUGCGAAAUUAUCGGGGCACAGCCGUACCUAGCGCUGAACAUGGGCACUGGCACCCUUGACGAAGCGUUGGCUUGGUUGGAAUAUUGUAAUCUCGAUACUGAUACAACUUAUGCCAACCUUCGAAGGCAAAAUGGGCAUGAGAAGCCAUAUGGAGUCAAAUACUGGGCGUUGGGAAACGAAGUCUGGGGUCCUUGGCAAGUCGAACAAUCUUCAAAGGAAGAUUAUGCAAAAAAGGCGUUACAGUGGGCUCUUAAACUACUUGAUCCAACAAUCAAGCUUGUCUUAUGCGGAAAGGAUGGACACAGCGAUUGGGAUCGAUAUGUUCUACAAGAAUGUCUCAAAGUCACCGAUCUGCACAGUGUUCAUAUGUACACGUUCGAUUUUGAGCAUUAUCCCAAUGCCACUAGCCCCAGGGCAGCGGAGAAAGCUAUCGAAAUCACAUCAGCCCUUAUCGAUUUGGCGCGCACCGAGAUGAACUACGAAACCUUUCCACAUUUUUCCACCACACCUAAAACACGCCACAGGCCCAAGAUCUCCUUUGAUGAGUGGAAUAUUUGGAACCCCGUCCGUGCUCCAGGUGAUAAGGGAGCGGAGGAGCUUUACAACGUUUCAGACAUGACAGCUGUUGCAUUAUGGCUCAAUGUCUUUGUGCGACAAGCACGGCACAUUGGCAUGGCCACAAUUGCACAGAGUGUGAAUGUUAUCGCCCCUCUCAUGACUAAUGAUCAGGGAGUGAUAAAGCAAACCACAUACUGGCCUUUGCUACUCUUCUCCAAGUAUAUGAGAGGUCAAACUCUAGCCGUUCACGUUCGCUCUCCGACUUACACGGGACGCACUGCCCCAGAAUGGCUCGCGAGCACAACGGAAAUUCCUAUACUUGAUGUUUCUGCAGCAUUAAGCGACGACAACUACAUCAAUCUGGCUGUUGUGAACAUCUCCGACUCAACAAGUCUGGAAACUUCACUUCCCAUCAUAGAAAGCGAAGUUCAGGUUUUCUGCGUCGGUGGCGAAGCCAAUGAUGUUCGGGAUGUCAACACAUGGGACUCGGAGAAGGUGGCCAUAAAGGAGUCAACAUGGGAUGGAAAGGGGGUAUUCAGAUUCCAAAAGCUCAGUUUCACUUUGCUUCGAUGGAAGGUAGAUCCUAUUCGGCCUAAUAUAAAGGGGGCAGGGGAUACAACAGAAAGUCUGUCAGCUGUAGUCCUUAAUGCCCUUCAUGGGAAUUGA